AUGUAUUAUGACUGUAGAUAUCUAUCAUCAUGUGAAGCUGCUUGGAGGAUAUUUUCGUUUGAUAUCAAUUACAGGGAGCCAUCGGCUGAAAGAUUGAGUUUUCAUCUUGAGGACGAGCAAUGCGUUAUUUUUCCAGAUGAUGCUCUAAUUGAAAAGGUAGUAAAUAAACCAUAUAUAGACUCCACCAAAUUUUUGGCAUGGAUGGAUGCUAACAAAAAAUAUCCAGAGGCAAGAAAUCGUACAUACAGUGAGUUUCCUACAAAGUUUGUAUGGAAAGAAAAGGAGCAUCGAUGGACUCCACGUCAAAGGGGUUUUUCAGUUGGAAGACUACAUUAUGCAACACCUGGAUCUGGACAAUUAUUUUAUUUGAGAACUUUGUUGAAUUAUGUGAAGGGUCCUACAUCUUAUGAUAAUAUCAAAAUAGUUAAUAAUAUAAAGCAUAAUACUUUCAAGGAUACUUGCUUUGCCUUAGGAUUGCUGGACGAUGACAAAGAGUUUGUAGAUGCAGUUAUGGAGGCGAGUCAUUGGGGUAUCGAGAGCUUUUUACGCAGUUUAUUUGCCACUUUGUUAGUGUCAAAUCAAAUAAGUCGACCAGAUUUUGUUUGGAAUAAGACACGGGAGUAUUUGUCUGAUGAUAUUUUGCACCGACAAAGAGAAUUAUUAUGUUUUCAUGAUUUGGUCUUGACUGAUGAUCAAUUGAAGAGUUAUGCUUUGGCUGAAAUUGAGAUUUUAUUGCAAAGUAAUAACAAAAUCUUGGAAGAUUAUCCUGAGGUGCCUCAACCAGAUAGAGCAUUGUUACCCCCGAGAGACAAAAUAGAUUGA